AUGAGGAGCAGCCGCAGCAGCUGCUCCGUGCAGGGCGCUGGUUCUGCCGGGCUGGAUCUGAGCCUGACGGGGCUCCCGGUCCCGGUGUCCCGGCGUCCCGGCAGUGCCUCCCCCACCAAGCACCUGGCGCGCUCCGUCUCGGUCACCGCCGAUGGCAAAGCCAAGAGAAACACUCCGGAGGACGUGGGGUCCCGGGCCAUGAACAACCUCCGGAGGUCCAGCAGCACCACCCAGGUUCACCAGCGGGUGAACAGUGUCUGCAGCCCAGAGCAGAGCGGAGACUUCCUGAGCUUCUUUGAGAGCAGUUCUGGGGGGAGAAAGAAGCCAGUGGGUCUGAGCAAAACUUCCCAGGAAAAGAAAACCACGUGGAACAUCUUGGAUGACCAGCCACGGGCGUUCCCGGGCCCCUCUGGCUCCAGCAGUGCUGAGCCACCAGUGGGAAUGAGGAGGAAAGAAGCCACCGUGCUCCUGGCAGCCAACUUCACUGCCAACAACAGGAGCAACAAGGGCACAGUGGGCAACUGUGUCACCACCAUGGUGCACAACAACUACUGCACCGAGAAGGGCCCCGCGCCCAAGAGCUCCAACCAGGCGCCCAGCUCCCUCAACAACGUCAUCAAAGCGACCUCGAACGAGGAGGGUGAGAGCAGCAGUUUGGUGAAGUCGCAGAAGAAUUUCUCCAGCAACAACAUCAUGGCCCGCAACAACAACAGCAGCAGCAGGAGCAGCCUGCCCAGAAGGAAUGAGGUGACUGAGGAGGAAGCAGAGAGGUUCAUCCAGCAGGUGAACCUCGCCGCCCUCACCAUCCAGCGCUGGUACCGGCGGCACUCGCAGCGGCGCCGGGCGGCGGCGGCGGCGCUGGGGCGCUUGUUGGCUUCCAAAAGGGAGGAAAGGCAGCAGCGGAUGGAGGAAGGGAAUAUCCUGGAUUUGCAGGAGAGGAAGGACGAGGAACGCCGGAAGAUCCGAGAGGAGAAGGCGCGUCAGGCCCGACGUGCUGCCAUCCAGGAACUGCACCAGAAAAGGGCCCAAAAGGCUUUGGACUCAAAGCACUUGGCAGAAGAAGAGCUUGUGCUGGUGAAGGAGAGCAGAAGGGUAGCAAAGAAGAAGCCUGCCAAGCCCACCUCUGCCAGGAACACCAGUCCAGCCAGCAGUGUUACCAAAGCCAAUAACACGGGUGAGCCCCUUCAGGAGGUCUCCAGUGCUCUUGGAGCAGUGUGUGAUGAGAGGGGGAUGGAGGAGGAGGAUGGGGGCAGCUCUCACUCUGGGGAGCUGCUUUCAAGGUGCUGGUGGUUGUUUCAAGUGCCUGAGAACAGUCUGGUUCCUGCAGAGGCCAAUUUCCAAUCGGUAGCUGUGGAGCCAGAAGAAAACAGCCUGGCAGAGCUGGGCUCUGUGGCCUCUCGGGACCCUGGGGCAGAGGACACACUGCAGGAUGGGAGCUCGAGAGAGACGGGCGGCGAGGACCUGGAGCCAGUGGUGACAGCUGCCAGCAGGGCACAGCCCAAGGGGACGCUCAACGAGCUGCUGGACACGCUCCGGCUGCUGGAGGAAGAGCCAGAGCUGCUGCCCCCACCAAAGCUCCUCAAGGACAGAUAUGCCUGGGCAGAGGGGGAGCCCAGCUCCAAUUCCCUGACUGCUGAUAACUUGGAGAAGUUUGGGAAGCUGAACCAUUCCCCGGGGGUCCCUGAGGAUGGGGCCCUGCUCUCAGAGGCCAAGCUCCAAAGCAUCAUCAGUUUUCUGGAUGAGAUGGAGAAGUCAGAACAGGAGAGGCCCAGGUCGGCUGCCUCGGCCACGCAGCGGGAGGGCCUCCUCUCGGAAGAGGAGCUGGCUCACUUGGAGCAGGCGUCGGCUGUUGCCACGGAGGUGACGAGCUCCAUCAUGAGGCUGAAGCUGGAAGUGGAGGAGAAGAAGCGAGCCAUCAGCCUGCUGCAGACUGCCCUGGCUCAGCAGAGAGAACUGUCACUCCGGCACGUCAAACAGACUGAGAAGGAGCUGAGCCACCAGCUCAGGCUGCAGAGGGAGCAGUAUGAGGCAGCCAUCCAGAGGCAUCUGACCUUCAUCGACCAGCUCAUCGAUGAUAAGAAGGUGCUGAGUGAGAAGUGUGAGGCUGUGGUAGCUGAGCUCAAACAAGUGGACCAGAAGUAUGGCAAGAAGAUCACGCAGAUGCAGGAGCAGCAUGAGCUGGAGAUUAAGAAGCUGAAGGAGGUGAUGACAGCGACCGAGAAAAUCCGGCGGGAAAAGUGGAUUGAUGAGAAAACCAAAAAGAUCAAAGAAAUCACUGUGAAAGCAACAAGUGACAGGGCAAGAGGAAUUAGUCUUAAGUUGUGCCAGGCAGAAGUGAAGGUGCUGAAAGACCGGCUGGAGAUGGAGAAGCAGGCCUGGGAGGAGAACUACAUGAAGAAGGAGGAAGCCUGGCUGCUGUCCCGGGAGCAGGAGCUGCGGGACGAGGUGAGGAAGGAGAGAGACAAAGAGAUCGAGGUGGUGAUCCAGCGCCUGGAGGCUGACAUGUCCUUGGCCAAGGAGGAGUGUGAGAGGGCAGCGGAGAACAGGAUAAAGAGGAUCCGAGACAAAUACGAGGUGGAGCUCCAGGAGCUGGAGAGGUCGGAGCGGAAGCUGCAGGAUCGCUGCAACGAGCUGAAGGGGCGGCUGGCAGAGCUGGAAGGGGAGAGCAUCCGUCUGCAGGGCCUGCUGAAGCACAAGGAGCAGGAGGUGGAGGAGAUCCAGAAGGUGAGGGACGAGCUGGCCCAGGAGCGGAGCAGCCUGACAGAGGUGAUCCGGCAGGAGUUUGCUGACAGGCUGGUGGGCACCGAGGAGGAGAACAAGCGGCUAAAGGUGGAGAUGGCAGAGAUGAGAGCCCGGCAGCGCCUGGAGCUGGACAGGAUACUGAGGGAGAAGGACCAGGAGCUGGAGGAGGUGCACAGGAGGGUGAAGACAGCAGUGGUGAGGAAGGCAGAGAGCGUGAGCAGCCUUCGGAAGCAGUACGAAGCGGCCGUGCAGCGCGCCGACCGCCUGGAAGCCCUCCUGAAGCAGCAGCAAAAGCAGCUGCUGGCUACCAAAUAA